GGAAAGUAGAAGAAUUUGUAAAACGUAACCGAUUUUUAUUGCUGUCAUAUGACAAGUGACGUAUGACGCAUUACGAAUUGAGAAGUAUUCAUUUUGUGUAAUUUAAAGCGCAAGGCGUAUCCGGCGCUUAGUAAAUAAGUGUAAUAUCCCAAUAGAGCGUUGUACAGACAUAUUAAUACAGUUCGCCUACACAACCUGUGGUUACAAUAUCGUAAACAAUGGCAGCUCAACCGAUCUACAACCCGGUGAUACCAUGCGUGCACCCGAUCCCGUGGGGUCUGUUCCCCGGCCGUAUGAUCAGGGUGCAGGGGAACACACCGCCUGGUGCACAGAGAUUCGCGAUCAAUCUGCAGUGCGGUCCCAACACGGAUCCGCGCGACGACAUCGCUCUUCACCUGAACUUCCGCUUCAUGGAGAUGUGCGUGGUGCGCAACCACCUCACCGCCAUGAACUGGGGCGUGGAGGAGACCUCCGGCGGCAUGCCGCUCUCCAGGGGAGAGUCGUUUGAAGCGCUCAUACUCUGCGAGCCACAGUCCAUCAAGGUGGCAUUGAACGGCAUGCACUUCUGCGAGUUCCCGCACCGCGUGCCGUACCAGCGCGUGUCGCACAUCACGGUCGACGGCGACGUGAUGGUGCAGUUCAUCGGGUUCGAGGGCGCGCAGCCGCCGCCCACGCAGAUGUACGCGCAAUCGGAGCAGGCAUUCGCCUCGUACGGCGUCCCCCCGCCGGCAUACGGCGCGCCAGGAUACGGAGCUCCUCAAGGUUUCGUUGGAGCGCCAUAUGAGGGCUCGACCACGUACGUGCAGACUGAGCAGAGACGCGGUCUGGGCACGGGGGCUGCGGUGGGGUUGGGAGUCGGCGCGCUGGCCGCGGGCGGUCUAGCAGGAUAUGCUCUUGGCGGCGGAUUCAGUUCCGAUAGCCCGACCAGGGAAGAGGUGCAAGUGAGCUCCCUCACGGAGACGGUCGACUUCGGCGGCGACGACUGGAUGGACUGAAACAGGUUGUACAAGCUGGUGUUGCUGGCAAUCAUGGUGGUCGCGCUGGCAGCGAAACUUUCAAUCAUAUUGUUAUUCCACAUCACAUGGAUAAAUGGGUAGACGGGCUAAUUUGUAAUGUUUGUUUUUAGCAGGUAAAUGGCAACAGAAAAUUGCCAUAUUAUCUUAUUGUUUUCUGUCUCGAAACAGCUCGACUAUAUCAUAGACUUCAUAGUCAUUAUUGAUUAUGAACAGACCUAUCAGACCUCUCAGACAUUGGUUACUUUAGUUACUUUUAGCUUAAAUUACUUCGCAGUGCCGUCGAACGCGUGCGAUAUAUUAUUUUCAUUCUCGAUGAAUAAAAACAUUUUCGGCUUCAUUAUUAGUUUAAUAAAUGGUAUGUAAAAUAAAAUCCUUCGAAUAGUGGUACAAUUUAUUGUAUAAAAUAUUAACAACUUGGAUAUCUGUGCUUAGUGCACAAUAAUAGAGUCCUAUUUUGUAAGUGUCAAUAUUAUUGAUAAAAUUAUGGGGCAUUGUUUCAAUAUGUAUAUUGUAUAUUGGUAUAUUGUAUUAUAAAAUAUGUAUAUAUUGUGUCUGCAUUUAAAUCAUGUCUAUCUGGAAUCUCAGUGAAAGCAUGGACGGGUCAAAAAUGACCCAUGAUAUAAAAAAAUAGUAGAAAUGUUACAAAAAUAUUAGUGUAAAAAUUAAUCUUUAGAUUUUAUAAAAAGGUAAAUAAUUUCUAAAAUAUAAAUAAUCAUUACAAUUUUACACGUUAUCAUGUACCAGGAUAGCACCUGGAAACAUCCUAUAACCCCAGUCCCCACUACGUAGCUCCGUGCGGAGUUACUAACUAUUCCCUCAGUUGUCAUUACAAUAUAGUCAUCAUUCUCUUGGGGUCCGAAAGAAGUAGAUUUUUACUCCUAAAAAAUAAAUAAUAGUUGUUAACAAAUAAGCUGACAGUCUCAGAGUUAUUGCGUGCGACGCCGCUUGUAGCACGUACUACCUACGACAAAUGUUUGUGUGAUCCACAAAUGUUUUGCAAUGUGUCCCGAUGUUUUAUCUGAUACAUACUUGUAUUUUAUUCGGAUGUUCCACUUUCUGAGUGUAAUUAUGCAACGCUCUCGAAUAAACAUUUUGUCGAAUUCAGUCGCCCUUCUACCCACAGAUUCAUCUUAAACUAAGAACAUUUGUAUGUCAUUGUUAUUAAUCGUAGAUUUAUAAUGAUUGUUUAAGCACUUACUGUUUUAUCUUAUAUUUAUAACCCCCCCACAAAUUAUAGUACCUUCUCUUUCCUCUCGUACCCUUUAGAAGUACGAGUAUAGAAUAAAAUGGUCUUAGAUUACACAUUUCCUAAAAUAUUUCUCAUUAAACCGUAUCGCCUGAAUAUGGUAUGGUUUUUUAGUUCGACACGCUCUUCUCUGCUCGUUAUUAGGUCGAGCGCCUUAAAUUGUUUAUAAAAUGCUAUCCGCGAUGUUAAAUGGUUAUAGAAGUGUGUUAUCACGGAAAUCAAGAAUAAAUUCUAUAUAAAUUUGUAUUAAUUGUCAACGAAUAUAUAUUUUCAUAUAUUAAAGUAAGAUUUAUUCAAUUGAAUAAAAUUUAUAUAUCGAACGUUUUAUCGGGGGUUAAAAUUUUGUUUACGUAUUUUUUUUAAAAUUUUCUUUUUUUAUUGAAGGCCAGUAGAUGCGGGUCAUUAAUGACCCAGCUAGCUACUUAUUUUUUAUUAUUUUGUUUAUUAGGCUCCGUUCAGAUCGCAGGCGUGAUACGCGCGUUGCUUACUACUGUAAUUGUACACGUCGUUAUUUGCCUUAUACGUGAGUACCAUUUUCGACACGUCUCGAGUUUUUUAGAUAUAUGCCCGCUUGUGUAUGUGUUUUAGUGGUCUCGCUCAGUGCCUGGAUAUUGUGUACCUAGAUAAUAUAUGUAUGUUUGUAUUAACAGAUUAUAAAAUAACAUUUAUGAACGGAAGAAAAAUUGUUAUUGAUUAAGACUAUACAUGUACAGAGAAGUAGACAACGUACUAUAAGGGAAUAGUCGAUCAACAUGCUAGAAUAGUCGAGAAGCCGCUGGUAUGACGGGUUCGAAAUCUUAAGUUUUUUAGAAACGUGCGUAAAAUCAGUCCUCUUGUAUAUAUAAUAAAAAUAUUUACUUAUUGAUUCAACUGAAUCAAAAUCGUCUUAUCAUUUCCAUAUGUUUUAGAAAUAAUAACUAGUCUAUGACCGAAAAUAACUUGUUCUUUUUUAUGGAAUAUGACAAAUUUGUAAACAUCAUUUUAUGUCUAUUUCUCAGUGCGGAAUAUCGUAUUUAUCAAUUAUAUAAAGGUACACAAUUAUUUCAACAGAUAAUAAAAAUGUAGAGUUCGAUGUUAACGGUAUAAUCAGUUUAUUUUAGCGCCAUCUGUUAUGUAAUAAUGGAAAUAUUGUAGUCACGAGAGCAAGAAUGGUCCGUACGCAAUUCUCUUUUAUCGCAAUUGUCAAUAGAUUUAUUUCUAAAAUUAAAAAAAUAAUAAUAAAUAGUUUAGUAAUUAGAUUAUUACGAAGUUAAUGAAGGACAUAUUACUGGCUCCAUUACUCAUGGUGCAAAAAUGAGACUUAAAAUUUUCAUGAUGGUAUAAAUAAGAAAAAAAUCAAUGUCUCUCAUUUAUUUAUCUUUCAGGUUUAUUAGAUAUCACUGAAAACGACUAUCGUGUGAUAUGUAUAAUUCAAUUUACACAUCAAAUAUAAUAGAAUCUUGUAAUAGUGAGUGAGUGAUAUGGUGGUGUGACAAAACGAUUUUUCAAUAACAUAAUUUUUUAUUUGAAUAUAACGCGUCGUUCUUGCGCUCACGGCUUCAUUCGAUAGGCCAUCAAGCUCGUGCAGAUGAAAGUCGUUCAACGUGAGUAUGUACCAAAUUGAAGAUUUAAAAAAAAAUGUUUUGCAUUGCAUUUUUAACUUUAUUCAAACGUGUUAUUGGCAGUUUUUGAUAAAUCCAACGCGCGGUUAUAUCGCGUUGAACGCCGGUCGUGUGAACGGGGCCUUAGGUUAGUUGUAAAGCACAAGAGUGGCUUACGACACGGGUGAUGUCGCGACAGAAUAAAUUGUCAAAUAAGAA